AUGCCUGUGUCGACUACAUCCACAUUACCUACACCGGGCCUGAGUCGCAGCUCAUCGAGAACAACAUCUCGGCCUGCAUCAGUAAUCGGAGAUGUCAAAGAAUGUGUCAGUAAAAUCUUGGGUAGAUCAUCAUCCACAUUGGAUGUAACAUCAACGUCUCAUCGGUCUACACCAAGACGAUCAAUUUCGGCGCCUGCAGGAUGUUUUGACAGCACAAUGCUCAAUUCAUGUAGCAACAUAUCCUCGUCGACAACGAAAUACUGUCUGCCUAUUGACGAAACAGAGCAAGACCGUCUCACGAAUACACAUUAUGUUCUCAAACAUUGCUUUGGUGACAACUUUUCGGCUCCAGUGCAUGAUAUUCUAUCUAGAUCAAUAUCAGUUGCACGAGGUCUAGCUAAUCCAACACCUGUUAACUCCACAAUUACAAGAGACAACUCUGUAGAACCAUCUGUCACUUCGACUUGUCCGGCAUCUUCCGUCAAACAUGACUGGUCAACACCUACCAGAGUGCUGGAUGUCGCCUGCGGAUCAGGUGUUUGGGUGCUUGAAAUGGCCACAGAGUAUCCCCACAGUGAGUUUUACGGUAUUGAUGCUGCCUGUAUCUUUCCCAACUGCAUCAAGCCUCCAAAUACAACAUUUCAACAGCAUGAUCUGCUCGACAAGAAUGGCUUUCCAUACCCUGAUGAAUAUUUCGAGUAUAUUCACAUGCGACUCGUGUACAACUGCUUUUCUACUGUCGACCUCAAGUUUGUCCUCGCUGAAAUCAAUCGAGUGCUCAAGCCUGGUGGCUAUGUUGAAAUCAGAGACAUUGAUCCUACCAUAAAGCAUCCAGGACCAAUCGCCGAGAAAGUAUUUUCUGAUUUUGCGGUGCGAAUGGCUCAACUGAAUGCCGUGGAUGUUACUUGGACGCCUCAUAUCUGCGAAGUUCUUGCUUCUCAAGGUGAACUGACCGAUAUUUACCAUCAAAAGGUGUCCGUUGGCUUUGGUGUUGAGGGCCCCAUUGCAGUUUCUGUUGAGAACAGCAUUUGUGAUGCUAUCCGAAGCUACAAAAAAUUCUUUAUGGAAGCUUACGACCUGUCGUCUCACGAAUGCGACGAAAGGAUUGAUGAAGUCAUCCAUGAAAGCAGAAUCUACCGCUCCUUCUUCAACUACUACAUGGGCUGGGGAAGAAAACCUCUUGUUGUCAUGGAAACUCAUGUCGGCACAGAUGCCACGGACAUCACAAUGACUGACGGAUCUUCGUCAGUAACACCAUUUAGCAGCGUGCCUAUGACCUCAUUGACUCUCGCCACUAGUAUUCCAGAAUGCUUGCCUACCUUACCAGAGACGGAGGCCAAUGUUCUAUUGAUUGAAAAUGUUGAUGAUAUUAUUCAUUUGACGCAUGGAUUUACCGAAUAA